ACCAAUUUUGAGGAACCGCAACAGCAGAGUGGAGCACACGCCGCAAACUGAGUUGUUUGAAAUAUGGCACCUACAGGCGAAGUGGUGUUUGGCACGCAGUCUCGUGUCUGCGCAGAGAACCGCCUGCGCUGGGACCUGACACCCGAGAAAAUCCAGCAGCUCUCCGACGAGCUCAUCACCAAGACCAAGCAGGUGUACGACACUGUCGGCUGCCUGGAUCUGGACACGGUCACCUAUGACAACACCCUCAAGGCGCUCGCAGAUGUUGAAGUGGAGUAUACGGUCCAGCGUAACAUGCUGGAUUUCCCGCAGCACGUGUCCCCCUGUAAGGAGGUGCGCACCGCCAGCACGGAGGCCGACAAGAAGCUCUCGGAGUUCGACGUGGAAAUGAGCAUGAGGGAGGACGUGUACCAGCGUAUCGUCGCUCUGGAGGGAAAGUUGAAAGAGGGAGACACUCUGACCGUGGAGGCAAAGAGAUACAUGGAGAGGCUGAUCAAAUUGGGCAAGAGGAACGGCCUCCACCUGCCCAAAGAGACCCAGGAUGAAAUUAAAGUGAUCAAGAAGAAGCUGAGUAACCUGUGUAUCGACUUCAAUAAGCACCUGAACGAGGACACUACCAGCCUGGCCUUCAGCAAGGAGGAGCUCGGUGGGCUGCCAGAGGACUUCCUGAACUCCCUGGAGAAGGAUGCUGACGGCAAGCUGAAGAUCACGCUCAAGUACCCUCACUACUUCCCCACCAUGAAGAAGUGCCACGUGCCCGAGACACGCAAGCGGCUGGAACAGGCCUUCAACUCCCGCUGCAAGGAGGAGAACUCGGUCAUCCUGAAGGAGCUGGUGGAGCUGAGGGCUAAGAAGUGUGCCCUGCUGGGCUUCAACACCCACGCUGACUUCGUCCUGGAGAUGAACAUGGCCAAGUCCGCCAAGAAAGUCACCUCAUUCCUCGAGGAGCUGGCGCGUAAGCUGAAGCCUCUGGGUGAGGAGGAGCGUGCAGUCAUCCUGAAGCUGAAGGAGCAGGAGUGCCAGAAGAGGUCGCUGCCCUUCCAGGGAGAGCUGCACGCCUGGGACACGCGCUACUACAUGACACAGGUGGAGGAGACUCAGUAUGCAGUGGACCAGAACACCCUUAAGGAGUACUUCCCCAUGGAGGUGGUGACGAAGGGCCUGCUGGACAUCUACCAGGAGCUGCUGGACCUGACCUUCGAGCUGGUGGAGGGCGCCCCCGUGUGGCACGACGACGUCACGCUCUACUGCGUCAAGGACCGCACCAGUGGACAGGUGGUGGGCCAGUUCUACCUGGAUCUCUUCCCCAGGGAGGGUAAGUACGGGCAUGCGGCCUGCUUCGGUCUGCAGCCUGGGUGUCUGCUGCCGGACGGCACGCGUCAGAUGGCCGUCGCCGCCAUGGUGGCCAACUUCAGCAAGCCCACGGCCGACGCCCCCUCCCUGCUCCAGCACGACGAGGUCGAGACCUACUUCCACGAGUUUGGACACGUCAUGCACCAGCUGUGCGCUCAGGCCGACUUUGCCAUGUUCAGCGGGACGCAUGUGGAGCGUGACUUUGUGGAGGCUCCGUCCCAGAUGCUGGAGAACUGGGUGUGGGAGAAGGAGCCUCUGCAGCGCAUGUCCAAGCACUACAAGACCGGCGGACCCAUCCCAGAGGAGCUGCUCGACAAACUCAUCAAGUCGCGCCUCGCCAACACUGGGCUGUUUAACCUGAGGCAGAUUGUGCUGGCCAAGGUGGAUCAGUGCCUGCACACCAAGUGCAACUUGGACCCAGCAGAGGAGUACGCCAGGCUGUGCCAGGAGAUCCUGGGGGUGGCCGCUUCAGAAGGUACCAACAUGCCCGCUACGUUCGGCCAUCUGGCGGGGGGCUACGACGCCCAGUACUACGGUUACCUGUGGAGCGAGGUCUUCUCCAUGGACAUGUUCUACGCACGCUUCAAGCAGGAGGGCAUCAUGAAUCCAAAGGUGGGUCUGGACUACAGGAAGUGCAUCCUGAACCCCGGCGGCUCUGAGGACGCCAGCGACAUGCUGAAGAAGUUCCUGGGUCGCGACCCCAAGCAGGAGGCCUUCCUGAUCAGCAAAGGACUUACAGUGGAGCCGGAGGAGAGCACGCCCUGCGCAUGUUGACCACCUCGCACCUCACCAAAUCGCACCUCACCAAGUCGCACCUCACCAAGUCGCACCGCUGACCCGCCCUCACUAUACUGACCGGCCCUAACCAGACACACCUGGCUCCGACCCGACCUACCCGGCCCAUUCCAGCCUUGUCCCACUCCCACCAAACCAAAGCCCGGCCCAUUCCAAGCCCACCGGGUCGCCGCUGGGAGAAGACCACCAUACCUGCCCCAGGUGUACCCCUGCCCUGACCCGACCCGACCCAUUCCAAUCCUCACCCAGCUGCACCUCCUGCCCCAACCUCUCCCCACCUUAGAUGUAUGGGGCACCUAAGUCAUGCCCUUGACUCACAAAAUGGUUGCAUUAUAUUGAACGAGCGAGUAAAGCUAAAUUCUCAUUCCGUUUGACAUGUGUUCUCGAUUCCACAUAUGAUGGCAGUGAAUUAAUGGUUUGGAUUGGCGUCGGAAGACCACUUCCUAGACAUCUAAUCUACAUAUGUCUACAUGUCCCACCCCUCCACAGCGUCUCUGGAAUAAGACCAGCCCCCACUUGUCUGGUCAAUAGGAGCUUUCAGCCACCACCACAGACUCUUCUCUUCUCUACUACACCUUGUUUUCUAAAACAAAAGUCGUCGAAUGAGCUCGACCGACUGACCGACCAUAGCACUCUCCGAACUGCACUUCUUCUAAUGUAUGGUUAUUAUUGGUUUACUCUUUCUUUUGUUGUUUCAGGGAGUUCGGAAAAUUUGUUUUAAAAAAGAAAUUGCAGUUGUAUUCAAUGAAAAGUUCUACAGUAAAAAGAAAAAAAAGGAAA